AUGCCUUCAGAUAGCACCUCCACCUCCAUCUUCUCGCCUCCUCAGAACACGAGUCCUCGCCGAGCUCGUGGAGAGUCAAGAGCAUCUCUCGCUAGCAAUGCAGCCACUCGUUCUAUUAGCCACCCGGCUAAUGAACAUGCCGUUCCAACGUCUGUAGUCCAGGACCUCACGAGCUUCAGCGAUUUGACCGAGCCUCCUCCAAGCACAUCUCAGCCAGAGAAUAAAGGGUUGACUGGUGAUAUUCAGGGUGGCCUGUCCGGGUUAUACAGCAAGUUUAAGGCUACUGUCGGAGGCGUGAAAGAUUCGGAUAGAACGAUCGCUACAACGCCAACCAUUCACACCACCCCAGGCACCAAUACAAGCACAACCUCUGGAAUGACUUCUCUGGUUCAGUCAUCCCAUGUGCUUGCUUCUGAUACUGCCAACAAAAUGGAACUAUCCAUGUCUAGGUUUAAUCCUAAAGCCGGCAAGCUAGCUAUGUCUUCUCCUGGCCUCCGUUCGCCCAAUGCUGCAACUAUGCCUGCUAAUCUGGCCGAUCCUGCUCUGACCGAGCUCACGAUCCACGCCACGAGCAAUGUAAGGUCCCAUUCUCGCGCUGGCUCCUCUCAAGGUCUUGAUGACUCCCAUCACUCUGACCGUUCCGUCCUGAGUCCUUCUGACGAGCAGAAUCUUCGAAAGGUACUUUCUAAGAUAGAUCACGACUCCCGUUCUGCUCUUCCGAGACACGAGCGGCAGCCACCUUCCUUGACACGCAUUGAUACUAAAAUCUCAACUCAUUCCAGGAAUAAUUCCGAGGUUCCUGCACAGAUCCAGAAACCCAAAGACAUUUCGAAAAGUCAUCAUGUCCCACAAACUGCCACCAAGGACGACCCUCUGAUCAAUGUUGUUCCCGUCCAGCACGAAUCCCCCAUUGAUCGUCGUUCUACGCUCAGCCCUCUGGAUCUUCUCGCAGAUCACGAUUCUGGCUAUCAAAUCACUGACUCCGUCACCACCCGACGAGCUGUAUCACCUACUUCUCAAUCAAAGAUCUCUGCUCCAAGACCUGCUCAUAAAGUCAGUCAUUCGAAACUGCCUGGCUUUCAGGGCUCUCGAGCAUCUUCCACAGAUUCUGGUCGCACUUCUGGCAUUCUCGCUGUCAAUAAGGAUACUCGGGCCAUCCCAGAAGACGGCUAUACGGAAGAGUACCAAUAUACACAUUAUCCUCGACCGUCAAGCAGACUCAGAAGUCGUCUCCUGGCUAGAGAAUUCUGGAUGAAAGACGAGAAUGCCCGUGACUGCUUUCGCUGUGGCGAACUUUUUACUACCUUCCGUCGGAAACACCACUGUCGGAUUUGUGGUCAGAUCUUCGAUAAUAAGUGUACCGCUCUGGUUUCAGGCACGUACUUUGAUCUGCCUGGACCCAUAAGGGUUUGCAAACCAUGCGAGGCCAUUAUCACCUUCCACGACGACGACUCUUCUGACUAUUCUGAAGACACUACAGCCGCUGACCUCUCAGCUAGGCCUCGUACGCCCGACCAUAGUUUGGCGCGCUAUGACGACGACAAUGUGUCAAUGGUCUCGCAGAGCUUGGAGCACAUCUCGAGGACUCCCGUAAUGAACUAUCCUGUACGUCGUGCUUUUGACAAAAGCAAUCGCUCCUCUGCGAUAUUCGAGUUUGACGCGCCGGAUCGUGGCUUGCACAGACCGAGCUCUUCUCGUUCCCUGAGGACAGCACAUGCUAUGACUCACGGCCACAAGAGGCAUCAUUCAAAACACACCCACAUUCGCAGCCUGAAACCCUAUCACGAGGAGCGAGUGCCCUUUCAGAGGCAGAAUUUGGACGACGUGAAGGGCCAGAGGACAUCAGCCUUUCACCGCGAUAGCGUGAUAGACCCUGAGCUAGCACAGUAUCUAUCGGAUGAUGCUUCCAGUGACGAUGAACCCAUUUUACAGCCUUCCGCUUCUUCCGAAAAGCUUUCCAGAAGCGGUCCCGACAAUGAUAGAACGACCAUCAGUAGUCUUCUAGCUGCUGUAAGGAAGGGUCGGUCUAGAAUUGGUGAUCGAAGUAUUGCUGGCUUUCUCAAUCUCAACGCUCGCGACGCUGAUGAUGCUGCAAGCCUGGUGAGUGCGCGAGCUAUUGAUGGAUCCAAGCCUUCGCGUAAGAGGAAUUUGAGUGUCGCAAGCAGUGUUCAUACAAGACCUACGCCUCGUGCAACAAGGGAGCGUUUGCAGAUUGCUCUGCCAGUUGGAGCUGAAGCCGAUGCCACAACAACUACAAUGUCUCGAGGCUCUCGUAUGAUAAGGAGUGCUUCAAUGCAUGGUCUAGGUGCACCUAAGAUGGAGCUCAACCGUGCAUCGUUACAGCAUGUCCACAAAAUGCUAAGGCAAUUGCUCAACCGAAGGAAGAUACAAAAGAUCUCGAGUUGGGAGAAUGCACUUAUGCCUAUCCUUCUGAGAGCAACUGACGACGUUGACCCUGAUGUCCAAGGUGGUGAUGAUCUUGACAUCAGGCAUUACGUCAAGUUGAAGAAGAUACCUGGUGGAAGGCCAAUGGACACUUCGUACACCUCUGGAUACAUAUUCAGCAAGAACGUCGCCCUGAAAAGCAUGCAGCGCACUAUUUUGAGGCCAAGAAUUCUGAUCAUCACAUUCCCCAUUGAAUACGCGAGGACAGAAGCACAUUUUAUGAGCCUUGAUCCUGUCAUCCGCCAGGAGAGGGAAUAUUUACAGAAUCUUGUCUCCAGAAUCGCAGCACUGAAGCCGGAUGUGCUUUUAGCCCAGAGGAAUAUUUCAGGGCUUGCUCUAGAACUGCUUGACAAGGCCAACAUUGCUGUUGUUUACAAUGUCAAACCUUCGGUGCUCGAAGCCGUUUCCCGCUGUACUGAUACAGCGCAAUACAGCUCGAUGGAUAAGUUAGCCUUGCCUGCCGAAGAACUUGGCACAUGCGAGCUCUUCGAAGUCAGGACCUAUCUUACCAAUGGACGGCGAAAAAAUUACAUAUAUCUUUCAGGGUGCGAUCCCAAAUUGGGGUGCACCAUCGCACUGCGCGGUGCUCCUCGAGAGGUGCUGAUCGGAAUCAAAGAGAUAGCAGACUUCAUGAUUUAUGUCGUGUACAAUCUUAAAUUGGAGACAUGCCUAAUGCGCGACGAAUGGGCAUCCUUGCCUUUGAGCGAUGAGUCAGGACGAAAUCUUGGAACAACCAAAGUACGAAAACAAUCUAGUCCUUCAAGAGUGUCAAACGAGAAUACCGUUUCUAGCGAUAAUCAGAUCCACGCACAAGGCGAACAGCCGUUCGAUAAGGAAGCUGUUGGUCCUGAGCCAGAGAGUGAAAUGAAGGUCAAGAAACGAAACCCGAACGAGAACCCGAAGAAUGUCCCAACACCAAAGUUCUAUCAGUACAUGGCGGACGAAGACGAGGACAAAGUGCUAUCAUCAUCGCCUUUUGUGAAAUUCUCUCCACCUUACCUAAAGACACGUGCGCAAGAGUUGGAAAAACGUGUCAAUUGGCUUCAGAAACUACGAAAUCAAGAUCUUUCGGACAGUGUCAGCCCCGAGGAGAAGGCGAAGCAGAAAUUUACUCUUAUUGUACCAGAGAUGGUGCACAAUCCCUUCAAAGGUGCAAGCCGAAAAGUGCGCGAGAUUGUGCAUGCAGUACACAACUCGGAAUACGAGAAGGCACUAGAUCAUUACCACGCCCAACGCAAAUUAUGGGACACGCUCCGGGAAAACAAUUUCUAUCUCUUUCAACCGGAGGCUCACCAACAGAUUGUUGUGCUUUUUAGCACGGUAUCGACAUUCACGCAUGUACCCUGCCUAGGUCCCGAGAUCUUAGCUUUCAAUUACUACGAUGACUCCGAAGCUAGCUCUAACACCCGAGUGGAGGCAGACUGCACAUUAGGACAAUACGUAGAAGAUCUUUGCUAUAGAGCCAACGAUAUUUGUCCUGCUCUAGAGUCGUGUGGAAAGAGGAUGCACGAACAUCAAAGGCAGUAUGUCCAUGGUGAAGCUCAAGUGACCGUAUGUCUAGAGCCCUACCCACCAAAACUUCGUGGCAUGCAAGACGUGAUAUUGAUGUGGAGCACUUGCAAAAUAUGUGGUACGGAGACGACUGUCACACCUAUGUCUCAGAGCACGUGGAAAUACUCAUUUGCGAAAUAUCUUGAGCUGUCGUUCUGGAGUGCAGACUUACACGCCCGAGCAGGGAUUUGUCACCACGACCUGCAUCGGGACCAUUUGCGGUACUUUGGCUAUAGAGGUUUUGCUCUUCGUGUGCACUACGAUGCCAUCAAUCUGCUUGAGGUUGUGGUUCCCCAUAUGCUAAUCACUUGGAAGGUCGACAACGACCUGCUUUUCAGAAAUGAAGUGUUCACUAAACUGGAACAUCGAAUCACGAGAUUCAUGGUCUCAGUCAAAUUGCGAUUAAAGAGCAUCAACGUUGAAGCACUUCUCCCAGAGUCCGCAGAACCCUGCCGGAGUGCAGUUGAACGUCUGACACAAAAGGCGAAUGAGGACCACAUCGCACUCAUCAAAUUGCUGCAGGAACAAUACACAAACUCUCGACAUUGGGAAGUCAUCCCCCUGAAUCUAGCCAUGCGCCUGUUGCAGCAGAAGGUGGCUGAGUGGGAUGAGGCUUUCCUCAAGUUCGAGAAAGACUUCUUUCCAUCGGAGAAAGAUAUAAGACGGCUUGCAACUUUACAACUGAAAAGGAUUUUUCUUGACCGUGAUGUCUCUGUCACAUCGCUGACCAGUACUGACGAGCUACCAUCUCCAACAGGUGUGAUCGAGCCAGUCGAAGAGAAGGAUCCAGAAAGCCCAGGCACUACACGCAAGCUUUCUCCGGAGAAGACUCAAAAUGUCCUACAGUCGGUCAUGGAGGAGCAUAUCGGCAGCAGUGCUUCCGCGGAUGACGAGAAAGCGGGUCGUUCGGUAGUGCCAGUUCAACCACAACCAGUACCCACUACCGAGCGCCUGUCGAUUCCUAACGACCUACAUCGUGCCUCUACAGACCUAGGGCAUCUUGAUCUUGCUGUAUCCGGGUCAUUAUCAAAGUCUGCCACAGUACCCGAGAUUGAACCCUCUGAUAUAAGCCCGAGGGACAAUGGCUCUGAGGCGAUUAUUUCUUCGAGUCCCAAAGAACGCUCAAACAUACAUGAUAAAGAAGACGAUGUUCCUGAGACAAAAGAGCGACAAGCCUCAGCCGACGAGGUAUCCGGUCCUACAGCAGCUGCUAAAGAACAAUUAUCCGCGCCUGGACCUCCUGUCUCUCGACGUAGCACUAUUAGCAGACCUAACUCGCCCAUGCUAACCAGGGCACAAUCCCAGCCCCUAGGAUCGGUCCCACAACGUAAAGAUUCUACAAUGUCAAGGCAAAGCACGUUAUCUGCCCUCAACGCACUGAAUGGCUUCGGCUCCGGACUUGAUCGCAAGACUUCUGACGCUCAGCAGGAAUCUUCUCAGAAGAAGCUUAGCGAGCGUUUCGGGCUCUCUCAGAGCAAACACCACAAAUCGCUUAUACCACGUGCUAUCAGCAACCGGAAGGAUUCUCGAGUCUCAAACCUCGCAAAACAUUUUGAGCAACUGACAAGAGAAUUUGAGCAAGCAAGAUUACGAGAGCGACGACUCAAGGCAUCAACAGUUUCAAGAUCACAAAUCUAUCCAUCUUUUGCGCCGAAGCCGACAGUCGAAGUCUACAAUACGGUUGAUGAAGCCGUAAGUGCCGUCGACGAUUCGGAAGAAACACUAGACAUUCCCGAGAACAACACUGUUGACUCUGUCGAGACAACAGCCCAGGCGAUGGCAAAGACCAAUCGACCUCCUGCGCCAGGAAACGAUGUUCAUGAAGAAACCGAUCACACUGAUACCGCGCCUAGUGCUCCAGAACCUAAUGUUGACUUGCAGCCAUCGAGUCACGCACCGUCAGACACCGAAGACAAGACAGAUACAGAGGACGACGAAAUUGAGGACAUUCUUCUGCCCGAUAGUCCCGAAGAUUUGCUGCGACUUUCGAAGGAAGAUGUCGAGUUCAAAGAGUUACCGAAACAUGAGCGAACCUCGUUGAUGAAACUGCUAACGAACUUUUGGGCCGAACGUUCUUCAAGUGGUUGGUCGAGCCUAGAAUAUCCCCUAUCAGCGUCUGACCACAUCUUUCAAGAUUGUGACAUUAUUGUGCGUGAGGACGAGUUGAGCUCAUUGAUCGCCUUUGCACUUGACUCCGAGGCGUACAAAGCUCGAAUGCAAGAGAUCUCGGCCCAGACGACCAAAGAACAACUCCUCGCAAUGUCCAAAGAGGAGCGAGAGAUGACACCUGCCGAGAGAUCAAUGAAGUGCAAGAACAGCAACCACUUGAGGUAUGCCUUUACUGAAAAAGACGCGAAAAUGCUGUGCAAAGUGUUCUUCGCAGAGCAAUUUGAUGCAAUGAGACAGAAAUGUGGUGUCGCCGAGCGAUUUGUUGAAUCCAUGUCACGCUGCAUGAAGUUCGACAGCAGAGGUGGAAAGUCCAAAUCACUGUUCCUAAAAACACUGGAUGAUCGCUUUGUGUUGAAAUCCCUGUCGCCUGUGGAGACGCAAUCGUUCCUGAAGUUUGCUCCACAGUACUUCAGUAUGGUAUCGGAGGCCUUUUUCCACGGCAUGCCCUCUGUCAUUGCCAAAAUGCUAGGCUUUUACCAAAUCAUCGUGAAGAACCCUGCCACGGGUGUGGAGCACAACUGGUUCCUCCUUGUUAUGGAGAACCUCUUCUACGACCGAGUACCAACACGAAUAUUUGACCUGAAGGGAAGUAUGCGUAACCGCAAGGUCAAUGCAACAGGCGAAAGGAACGAAGUACUACUUGACGAGAAUAUGGUCGACUACAUUUAUGAGUCGCCACUUUUCACUCGCGAGCACAGCAAAUUAGCUCUCCGCAAUUCUGUAUAUAACGACACACUGUUCUUGGAACGUAUGGAGGUGAUGGAUUAUAGUCUCAUGAUCGCCAUCGAUGAGGCACGAAAGGAACUAGUGAUAGGCAUAAUCGACUGCAUCCGUACUUAUACGUGGGACAAGAAGCUCGAGUCGUGGAUCAAAGAUCGAGGGUUCAUUGGUGCGGUGGCUAGUGGUGUUGCUGGCGCAGCUGUCAGUGGCCAAAAGAAUCGUCCGACAGUGACUAGCCCGAAAGAAUACAAGAAACGCUUCAGGGAGGCAAUGAUUCGUUACGUACUUGAGGCCCCUAGCUGUUGGUCGCGACUUCGCACAAGAGAAGAGGAGGAGGAGGAGCGGCGCAUGGCACGAGCUGAGGCGAGGCGGAUGGAGCUCGAGAAACGGAAGAAAGAUGAGCAUGGGCACGAGGAGGAUCUCGAGCAGCCCCAUGAAGAGUCACAUAACCCUGAUUGA